AGAAGGGGGGAGAAAGUCAGCAAUCACGUCUCUGACCUUUCUUUUGAUCAUUGCUCCAUAAUUUUUAUUGCAUAUCUUCUUUUCCAACAAUCCUAUGCAAAGAAGUGUUCAUUUCUCUCUGAUUCUCAAACAUCUCCAACUAAGCUUUGGCUUCUUCACUAGGAAUGGAGCACAAGUCUCAAAUCCAAGUCCCAAGAGUGAAAUUGGGCACUCAAGGCUUGGAGGUUUCCAGAUUGGGCUUCGGAUGUGGAGGGCUUUCUGGAAUUUUCAAUGCUCCACUCUCCCAUGAAGCUGGAUGUUCAAUUUUAAAGGAGGCUUUUCAUAAGGGUAUCACCUUCUUCGAUACAUCAGAUAUCUAUGGAGAAAACCAUGACAGUGAGAUCAUGAUUGGCAAGGCAUUGAAGCAGCUUCCUCGGGAACAAGUUCAGUUAGCCACAAAAUUUGGUGUUGUCUCGAUUGAUUGGAGUCAUAUGGAGGUCAAGGGUACCCCUGACUACGUGCGACAAUGCUGCGAAGCAAGUCUCAAACGGCUUGAUGUGGACUAUAUUGAUCUUUUCUACACACAUCGCGUGGAUAUAUCUGUUCCAAUAGAGGAUACUAUGGGGGAGCUCAAGAAGCUAGUGGAGGAGGGAAAAAUAAAAUACAUUGGAUUAUCAGAAGCCAGUGUUGAUACAAUAAGGAGGGCACAUGCAGUUCAUCCGAUCACUGCCGUAGAAAUGGAGUAUUCUUUGUGGACUCGCGAUAUUGAAGAGGAUGUAAUUCCACUUUGUAGGGAGCUUGGAAUUGGGAUAGUGGCAUAUAGCCCUCUUGGUCAAGGGUUCUUUGGUGGGAAGGCAGUUGUGGAGAACUUGCCUGCAGAAAGUGUGUUGGCUAUGCAUCCAAAGUUCACAGGGGAGAAUUUAGAGAAAAACAAAAUUCUAUAUGCCCGUUUUGCAGAGUUGGCAGCUAAACAUGGCUGCAGCCCUCCUCAACUAGCUUUGGCGUGGCUUUUACAUCAAGGAAAUGAUGUGGUUCCAAUCCCUGGCACAACUAAGAUUAAGAACCUUGAUGCUAACAUUGGAUCUGUGGUGGUGAAGCUUACACACAACGAUUUAAAAGAAAUUUCUGAUGCAAUUCCAGUCAAUGAAGUGGGUGGAAAGAAGGAGCUCAAUCUCUUAUUUAAAUUUACUUACAGGUCUGCAAAUACCCCACCAAAAAAUUAACUUGCAAGAACAAAUGUACUCAAAUUCGAAGCUUCAAAACUAAAAUGUUUAUGCUAUGCUUUCUUAUAUUCUUGUUACUAAAUGCUCUGUUGCUAAACACGGCGAAAAACUUGAAAACAAUGAAAGUGCAAAAGAAGUUCUGUUGCCAACAGAUCACCUAUCGUUUGUAAA